AUGGCUAAAGGUACUUUAAAGAAACAAUUAAAGAAUCAACAAUUGUUGGAUGCUAUAGAUAAGGCUAAAACUAAACCAGUUGCCAAAAAAGUCAUAGAACAAGAACAAUCUGAAGACGAAGAAGAAGAAGAAAAUGAACCAGUAGUUUUAACUUCUGCACAAAUUAAAAAAUCCAAAAAAUCCAAAAAGAAUGAUGAUGGUGAUUAUAAAAGUGAUGUUUUGUCUAAGAAAGAACAAAGAAAGUUAAAGAAAUUACAAUCUAAAGCAGAAAUUGAAGAAGAAGAACAAGAAUCUGAAGAUGAUGACGAAGAAGAAGAAGAAGAAGAAGAAGAAUUAGAUUUGGAAAGAUUAGCUGCAAGUGACAGUGAAAGUGAUCUCAAUGAUGACGAUGAUGAAGAAGAAGAUGAAGAUGACGAAGAAGAAGAAGAAGGCGAAGAAAAGGAAAACGACAAAGAAGAAGAACAAGAAGAUAUUCCAUUAUCAGAUGUUGAAGUUGAUUCAGAUGCUGAUAUUGUUCCACAUACUAAAUUAACCAUAAAUAACAUGGCUGCCUUAAGAGAAUCAUUAGCACGUAUUGAAUUACCAUGGAGUAAACAUUCAUUUAUUGAACAUCAAUCCAUAAUAAGUGCCGAUAAAAUUGAAACUCAAAUUAAGGAUAUUUAUGAUGAUACUGAAAGAGAAUUAGCAUUUUAUAAACAAGGUUUAGAUGCUGUUAAACAAGCUAGAACUACAUUAUUGAAAUUAAAAGUUCCAUUUUCUCGACCAAUGGAUUAUUUUGCUGAAAUGGUUAAAAGUGAUGAACAUAUGGAUAAAUUAAAGAAUAAGUUGUUAACUGAAGCUGCUAACAAAAAAGCUAGUGAAGAUGCAAAGAAACAAAGACAAUUGAAGAAAUUUGGUAAACAAGUUCAAAAUGCUACUUUACAAGAAAGAGCUAAACAAAAGAGGGAAACUUUGGAAAAAAUUAAUUCUUUGAAAAAGAAAAGAGGAGCUAAUGAAAUCAGUAAUGAUGAUGAUUUCCAAAUUGCUUUAGAAGAAGCCACUAGAGAAAAUGAUAAUAGAGAUAAUAAAAGAAGAAAACCAAAUUCUAAAAGAUUGGCUAAAGAUGCCAAAUAUGGUUUUGGCGGUAAGAAGAGAGGUAAGAGAGAAAAUGAUGCUCAAUCAUCUGCUGAUAUUAGUGGGUUUUCAACUAGAAAAAUGAAGGGUAAAUCUUCUUCUAGACCAGGUAAAAGUAAACGUAGAAGAAAUUAA